CAACCGUGUUCGUACUGUACUUCGGUUUGCAGGUCUUUUGACAGUGAAGCACCGCAUAUAUUUUGUGCUAGAAACCACGUUUUCUCGUUUACUCCAUUUGGACGAAGUAAGAUACGGAUUCAUUUCCUGAACUGCGAAGACAAACAAGAAAUAAAUAAAUUGCAUUUUGCAUACAUAUUGAGCAGGUGGUUUGUAAGCCUUUGCAAUGAAGAUCGCUAUAAUUGGGCAGAGUUUAUUUGGCCAGGAGGUCUACAAAGAACUGAGGAAGGAGGGACAUACAAUUGCGGCCGUCUUCACAAUACCUGACAAGGAUGGCAAAGCUGAUCUAUUAGCCACGGAGGCCGAGAAGGAUGGUGUCCCCGUCUUCAAGUUCCCCCGCUGGCGUCUGAAGGGCAAGGCCAUCCCGGAGGUGGUGGACCAGUACAGGGCAGUGGGUGCAGAGCUGAACGUCCUGCCCUUCUGCUCCCAGUUCAUCCCCAUGGAGGUCAUCGACUGUCCAAAGCACGGUUCAAUCAUCUACCACCCCUCCCUGCUCCCCCGGCACAGAGGGGCCUGCGCCAUCAACUGGACCCUGAUCCAUGGCGAUAAGAAGGGCGGGUUCACAGUGUUCUGGGCCGACGACGGUCUGGAUACCGGGCCCAUCCUGCUGCAGAGGGAGUGCGAUGUGGAGCCGGACGACACCGUGAACACCAUCUACAAGCGCUUCCUCUUUCCCGAGGGCGUGAAGGGCACGGUGGAGGCAGUAAGACUCAUUGCUGCAGGGAAGGCACCCCGGAUCAUCCAGCCCGAGGAGGGAGCCACUUACGAGGGAGUUCAGAAGAAAGACAACGCAAAGAUUGACUGGAACCAAACUGCUGAAGCCCUACACAACUGGAUCAGGGGGCACGACAAGGUGCCCGGAGCCUGGGCGGAGGUGGAUGGACAGAAAGUCACGUUCUACGGCUCCACGCUGGUGGACAAUGGCACCGCCGUGAGUGGACAGCCCCUGGAGAUCCCGGGCGCCAGCCGGCCCGGGCUGGUCACUAAGGGGGGCCUGGUGCUCUUCGGCAGUGACGGAAAGACGCUGCUGGUGAAGAAUCUGCAGUUCGAGGAUGGGAAGAUGAUCGCGGCUGCGCAGUACUUCCGCUCCGCAGGCAGUGCUGCUGUGGAGCUGAACGAGGAGGAGAAGGCCUUCGCUGAGGAGAUGAGGUUGGUGUGGAAAAGCAUCCUGUCUAAUGUGGAAGAGAUUGUAGACUCCACGGACUUCUUCAAGUCUGGUGCUGCCUCGAUGGAUGUUGUCAGGCUGGUGGAGGAGGUGAAGCUCAGGGCCAGUGAGCUCCAGCUGCAGAAUGAGGACGUGUACAUGGCCACCUCCUUCCAGGACUUCAUCCAGAUGUGCGUGAGAAAGCUGCGGGGAGAGGACGGAGAGGAGGAGCUGGUGGUGGACUACGUGGAGAAGAAUGUGAACAACAUGACGAUCCGCAUGCCCCACCAGCUCUUCAUCAACGGAGAGUUUGUGGACGCUGAGGGAGGGAAGACCUACAAAACCAUCAACCCCACCGACGGCCAGCCCAUCUGCGACGUGUCGCUGGCCCAGGUGGCAGACGUGGACCGGGCGGUCGCAGCGGCGAAGGAGGCGUUUGAGGAGGGAGAGUGGGGCAAGAUGAACCCCAGAGACAGAGGGAGACUCAUAUACAGACUCGCUGAUCUCAUGGAGCAGCACCAGGAGGAACUAGCCACCAUUGAGGCCAUGGACUCAGGAGCAGUCUACACGCUGGCCCUGAAGACACACGUGGGCAUGUCCAUACAGACCUUCCGAUACUUCGCCGGCUGGUGUGACAAGAUUCAGGGUACGACCAUCCCCAUCAACCAGGCCCGGCCCAACCGCAACUUAACCUUCACCCGGCGAGAGCCUAUUGGGGUCUGUGCCAUCGUGAUUCCCUGGAACUAUCCUCUUAUGAUGCUGGCCUGGAAAACAGCCGCCUGUCUGGCUGCAGGCAACACUGUGGUCCUCAAACCUGCCCAGGUGACUCCUCUAACCGCCGUGAAGUUUGCGGAACUAACCGCGAGGGCGGGCUUCCCUAAGGGAGUGGUCAACAUCCUGCCAGGAGCAGGCUCUCUGGUGGGCCAGCGUCUGUCCGACCACCCCGACGUGCGGAAGCUGGGCUUCACCGGCUCCACGGAGAUCGGCAAGCACAUCAUGAAGAGCUGUGCCGUGAGCAACAUUAAGAAGGUCUCCCUGGAGCUGGGGGGGAAGUCCCCCCUCAUCAUCUUCAGUGACUGUGACAUGGACAAGGCAGUGCGCAUGGGCAUGAGCUCUGUCUUCUUCAACAAGGGAGAGAACUGCAUUGCGGCUGGGAGGCUCUUUGUGGAGGAGCCCAUUCACGACCAGUUCCUUCAGAGAGUGUUGGAGGAGGUGAAGAAGAUGAAGAUCGGAGACCCACUGGACCGGUCCACGGACCACGGGCCCCAGAACCACAAAGCGCACCUGGACAAGCUGGUGGAGUACUGCCAGAUAGGAGUGAAGGAAGGGGCCCGGCUGCUGUGUGGGGGCAAGCACCUAGACCGUCCAGGUUUCUUUUUUGAUCCUGCGGUGUUCACCGAUGUGACUGACAGCAUGUUCAUCGCAAAGGAGGAGUCCUUCGGCCCGGUCAUGAUCAUCUCCAAGUUCAAGGCAGGUGACGUGGACGAGGUCCUGAAGCGGGCCAAUGCCACGGAGUACGGGCUGGCAUCGGGCGUGUUCACCCGUGACAUCAGCAAGGCUCUGUACGUGAGCGAGAGGCUGCAGGCGGGCACCGUGUUCGUCAACACCUACAACAAGACCGACGUGGCCGCGCCCUUCGGCGGCUUCAAGCAGUCCGGCUUCGGCAAGGACCUGGGACAAGAAGCUCUGAAUGAGUACCUGAAGACCAAGGCUGUGACUAUUGAGUACUAACAGAGAGGGCCCUCCCAUCUUAUGUGAACAGACUAGUUCCACAAUAUUCUUUCCACAAUACGUCCUUCUAGGUUGUAUACAGUACAGGACGCAGAAUCGAGAAUGGCUGUUUAAUGUUAAUAUGCUGCUCAGCUCUUGGUAGUAUUAAGACAUGGAUUUCCAGCAUCCAGGAAAGUAUUUGAUUCUGUAUUUGAUUGUUCCCUGUAAAGCCACUGCACUCACACUGUCCUUUUUUAUUUUGUAGAGGUUGAAUAUGAGUGCGUUAUUUCCUAACCAGAUAGAUUAAUUUCAAUGAAAACCAGAUGUGUUGCUGCUAUAACAUGUAUGACAAUGACAGUAAUGAAUACAAUGCAAAGGAAGUGAUUAUUGGCUAAUAGGGUCUUCACACUGUUAAAUUAGUUUCAAUAAUAUGAAUGUAGUUAUGUGGUAUGUCAUUUGAAUAUGAUUUUCUUUAUAAUCAUAUGAACCCACAUGAUGCAUGUAUUUAGGACAUUAAAUAUGGAAAAGAAAGGGGGCACCCUUAGUUUUUUCUUAUGUUAAGAAAGCACUAAUAUUUUUUUGCAGUUGCUUAAUGCAUGACAAUGUGUUUUGACAACUCAAAUAUUAUGGAACAUAAUAGGCUCUAGUACCCUUUGAUGACAUACUGGUUUCAUAAUGAAAUGAAAAUCAAAUGAAAUGUUAAUGAUGAUGAUGAUCUACUGAUGAUGACAUAAUCAAAUGAAAUGGUGCCUCCUAGGCACAGAGGACUUGAGGCACCCUUUUGUAGUCCUUGGUUUCACUACUUACGAUUGUAAUCACAGUUUUUUCCCUUUUAUUUUAAAAUAAACAUUUUUGCCGAU